CUACCUAUGCAAAAACAAUAUGUUGUUCCUGAAAUAUCACUAUUGAUGGUCAUGCUUUAAACCAUGAUCCACAAAUGAAUCUAUGGGUCACUGGAUUUAUUUUAGGGUCUUCCUGCUUCUCUCCUCUCGCCUGAUUGGUUCAACCUACAAGAAGUGUCUAGUGACAUCACAUCAUUUGAGGCGGGGCUUCCAGGAUGGCUCCCUGCUGCAGUGAAGCAAUAUGGCAGAAUCAAGCCUGGGAGCUUUUAAGCUACUGGAGGCCGUCCUCCGCAGCGCCGCAGCUGGGUUUGUGUUUGGAGAAGCCGCCUCGUUUGCUGUCGAGUCCUCCCUGAUGAAGGACGUCCUGCUGAAGGCAGCCGCUCGAGUUGCCGGACGUGCCGGCUCCACUGGGGUCACGGUGGUGACGGCGUGCCUCGUCUUCACCUCUGCACUGUUGUCGCUCGGAGCUGCUUUCCUGCUUGCUGCCGCGGUGAUGAAGCUGAUGCUCAAAGCGGGAGUGAGGUUGCCUUGGCUGACCGAGGCCACAGCUGGGACCUCUGUGGUGGCAGGUGCCAUCAUCACCGGAGUUCUGGUUGGAAUCCUUCCACCAUGGAUCUACAUCGUAAGCCAGGGCGCUUUGGUUCUUAUCGUCUACUCGUUCUCUAAUGUCAACGACAUGACCACAGCUCUGCUGAUAAUCUUUACCACUCUGUACCUAAGUGUUGUUUUUGGACAAAUGGGCAUCAUACUUGGACUUAUAUUUCUGAUCUUCACCAUCGCAGCCCUUUACGCUCUCAGAAAGACCAUGACAAGCAGGGUAACACAAGGACCCAAAACAGGAAGCAAGUUAUUGGAGAGAAUAUUUUUCUACAGUGUUUUUGUGGGAAUUCUUGGGUUUUCUGUGGGUUUAGGGACGGGCAAAGCAGAAGACCUGGAAACGGAGGUUGUGUUGAUGCUAAAUUCAGUCCUCUGGGUGGCUUUCCUGUCGGCGGGGCUGCUGGGAGCUGGCCUGGGAACGGUGGCCAUGGUUGGACUGGGAACGGAAGUGGCUGGAAAGAUCUCUGUUGCAGCUAGUGUUGCCAUAUCCAUGGCUUUAAGAGCCGUUCUGGAGUGUUCUCUAGAGUCCAGAAGCGCCACAGCAGCAGCUUUAGGAGCAGCAGCCGCUGCAGGGGUGUCUCUCGGAGCAGCAAGUGUUGCCGCAAAACAGACAUUUGAUUCUAGAAACUCCACUUUAAUCGUUCUAGGCUCCGUCGUGGCUGGUACACUCAUAGCCCUUAAAGGGGUCGCAUUAAAAACAACUUUGUUGACAACAUCUGAUCUUGUGACAGUGGCGCUCAUUGCAGUUGCAGCUUUUUCUCUUGGCGCAACAAAAAGUCCGUUCCACACUCAGGUGAACCUGCAAAGGGGCCUCCUCACAGGGCCGGAGCUAAUUAAAGGAAUUGGCAUGGAGACGGUCACCGCAGCAGCAGCCCCCAUCGGUGCCGGGGCGCUCGGUGCCGCAGCGUUAGGCACCGCAGCUCUGGGGACACUGGGGACCUUCGGAGUUCUGGUGGCUAUAACCCUGGCUCUGGGAAGCGCUCUGACUGGGAUGAUUGGAAGAGCAGAAACGACAUCGAACAACCACAGAGACUGAUCAAUCACCAGAAGUUGAUAGUUUUGAUUGGUGAAAGUUUAGUGCCAUGUUCCUCUAAUGUGCACCGAAGGUUCAAAUUUUUGACAUUUGUGUGUUAUGUUGAAUAAAAAAAUAAAGACAAAUAAAAGAC